AUGACAAUCAACGCAAAUGAUCAAAGUUUGACAAGUUUUGAUGAAAAUGAGAAGGAAGUGAAUGUUCAAAAUGGUGUUGUCGCUAAGAAAAAAGUAGAAGAGCCAAAGAAACCCGUUAUAGAGGUAAAGCCUUACGAUGACGACGAUGAAGACGCUGUCGUGGAGAAAUCCACAUGCGACAAGAUAAUAGAUUAUCUUUUGUGCAGACUCAAAACUCUUCACUGUUCCAGAGGAGAUCUAGCCAAAAAAACUCUCGCAAGAAAACCAGUAUCUCUUAAAGGCUUGUUUCGAUAUUCGACAAAGUUCGAUGUGCUUUUGCUAAUAAUUGGCGCUGUUGGAGCGGUUGUAAGCGGUUUCUGCCAGCCUUUUCUCGCCUACAUAUCCGGACGAGUGUUUAGCAUUCUGACAUCGGGAAAUUUCACAGUUAAGACAGAUGCAGAAAAUCAACUGUUCACAUAUGUUUAUAUUUAUCUUGGUGCCGGAGUUUUCGUUCUCAUCAUUCACUAUCUGCAGAGCCGUCGUCCAACUCCAGCAACAACAUGCAUGAGAAACAAUGUUGAACGAAUACGUGAAGGUGUCGGUGAUAAAUUGGGACUGUUAAUUCGUGGAUUUGCUAUGUUUAUCGCUGCUCUAGUGUUAUCAUUUGUUAUUCAGUGGAGACUGGCACUUUUUAUGUGUCCAAUAGCUCCAUUAUCCUGCCUUUGCAUGGGAGUUAUGUCAAGGAAAAUGGCGGAGGCAACGUCUAAAGAACUCAAGGAUGUCGGAAAAGCGGGUGCAAUUGCAGAAGAAGCCGUCUUGGGUGUAAGAACUGUUCAAGCUCUAAACGGUCAGGAUGAAAUGAUCGAAAGAUAUUCCAAAGAGCUCAGCGAAGGUCAAAAGCAUGCUAAAACCAAGUGCUUUUGGAGUGGGUUUUGGGGUGGAUUUUUCUACAUUAUUCUUUUUACAUACAUUGGAGCAGGAUUUUUAUUUGGCGGUCACCUUCUGAAGAUUGGUGUAAUCACGGACAGAGGAGAAGUGGUUACGGUAGUAAUAUCAAUGUUGAUUGGAGCGUAUUUCCUGGGUGUUAUAUCGCCACAUCUUAUGGUUUUACUAAAUGCACGAGUUUCAGCGGCAACCAUUUAUCAUAUCAUUGACAGGGUACCAGAAAUUGACGCAUAUUCGUCGGAAGGAAAGAUUCCACUGAGCAUACAGGGAGAGAUUGAAUUUAAUGAUGUGCACUUCCGCUAUCCCACCAGAAAAGAUACUAAAGUACUUAAAGGUCUUACCCUAACAAUAAAACCCGGGGAGACGGUUGCUUUCGUCGGACAUAGCGGCUGCGGAAAGUCAACCUCCGUUGGGCUCAUCACACGACUUUAUGAGGCAGAAGCUGGCACGGUAAAAAUUGAUGGAAACGAUGUUCGUGAAGUCAAUAUAGAAUGGCUGAGGAAUACUGUAGGAAUUGUUCAACAAGAACCAACAUUGUUUAACGGCACUAUUGAGGAAAAUUUGCGAGUAGGCAGUCCAGGAAUCCAAAAGCAGGAAAUGAUCCAAGUAUGCAAAUUGGCAAAUGCCCACGAUUUCAUUACGAAAUUACCCAAGGGCUACUCUACCAUGAUCGGGGAUGGAGCUGUGCAGUUAUCAGGCGGUCAAAAGCAA